AUGCCUGCAGUCCUCCAUCCCAUGAGCUUCGAGCCGGAGAAUCGCAUCCAGCUGGCCGUGGUCAUGGAAGGGAUCAAGAAAGAUACCAAGAAGUCAGGCCCCGAAUACAACUUGGAGACCAAAGCCUCCUCCUUCGAACUCCUGAAUCCGGAGAAAUGGGUUCCCAAGAAUGAGAUACCAGCCCGCGGAAGAGUCAUGUGGCAACUGGAACAACUCAGCAAAAACCUUAUCGAGGUCUUCUGCGCCUCCGACUUUCUUCUGCUCCGCUCUUGGACUACGUAG